AUUUGUAGUUCGUUCAGCGGCGCCGGAGUCGGCCUACCCAGAAGCCCGUGCGGCCCGGCUGGGCGUCGGUCGAUGACGUCGUUGGACGGCGAGCGAUUGGCCAGAGGGACAUGUCAGGAGCUGGGGAACCGGCUGCCCCAGUCGUGGUGACACGGAGGAAGCCGGGCCUCAAGGGAACUGUGGCCGGCUGCUGUGGCGCAGUUUGAAGCCCCGCUUCGGCCGGGGCCGUCGCUCACGGAGCCCGGCGCCCGGGGCAGCAGCCGCAGCAGGGGGAGGAUGGAGGAGGACAGAGGCUGGCGGAGGCCCCGGUGCUGAGAGAGUGGCUCAGCCCCAGUUAUGACCCACUUUCAUAAGUGAGCUGCAUUGGCUGGUUGGAGUGAAUAUAUAAUAAUGAGUGGUGCAGCUUUGGGCAUUGAGAUAAUAUUUGUCUUUUUUCUGGCUUUAUUCAUACUUCAUCGGUAUGGAGACUUCAAGAAACAACAUAGACUUGUGAUCAUAGCAACCCUGCUGGCUUGGUAUCUCUGUUUUCUUAUAGUAUUUAUAUUGCCUCUGGAUGUUAGUACGACUAUAUACAAUCGAUGCAAACUUGCUGUUAACUCCAGCCCUCCAGAAAGCAGCAGCAGCAGCAACAUCAUCAAUGGAUCUUACCCUACUUCUGCUCCAAGAAAACAUAAGUGUUUCAAACCAUGGAGUUAUAUUCCCAAUGGAAUUAUGCCAAUCUUCUGGCGUGUAGUAUACUGGACAUCACAGUUCUUAACCUGGAUUCUCUUACCUUUCAUGCAGUCAUAUGCUAGAUCAGGAGGAUUCUCCAUUACUGGAAAGAUUAAAACUGCAUUGAUUGAGAAUGCAAUCUAUUAUGGCACUUACUUGCUGAUUUUUGGAGCAUUUUUAAUAUAUGUGGCUGUAAAUCCAAAUUUCAAUCUACAAUGGAACCAGCUUCAGACAAUUGGGAUAGCAGCUGCCAACACAUGGGGUCUUUUCCUUCUUGUGUUGUUGUUGGGGUAUGGUUUGGUAGAAAUUCCACGCUCUCACUGGAAUGGAGCAAAAAAGGGGUACCUUCUCAUGAAGACUUAUUUCAAGGUUGCCAAACUGAUGACUGAAAAAGCAGAUGCAGAGGAGAACUUAGAAGAUAUUAUGGAGGAAGUCCGUAAAGUGAAUGAGGGUAUCAAGUAUAAUCACCCUUUGAGAAAAUGCGUUGAUACAAUAUUGAAAAAGUGUCCUACUGAAUACCAGGAAAGAAUGGGUAGGAAUAUGGAUGACUAUGAAGAUUUUGAUGACAGGCAAAACAACUAUCCAAGUGAGAAAAGUCUGGUCAAACUUCACAAACAGGUAAUUUAUUCAGUUCAGAGACACCGUCGUACGCAGGUGCAGUGGCGAAUUCUUUUAGAACAAGCAUUCUACUUGGAGGAUGUGGCGAAAAAUGAAACCAGUACAACUCGUCAGUUUGUUCAUACUUUUCAGUUCCAAGAACCUGAAAACAGAAUUACCCGAUAUUUCUAUACACCAGCUGUUGAAUGGUACUGGGAAUGUCUCCUUCGACCAUGGUUUUACAGAAUUCUUGCUAUUGUUUUGGCCACAUUCUCUGUAAUUGUUGUGUGGUCAGAGUGCACAUUUUUCAGCACUAAACCUGUUCUGUCCUUGUUUGCUGUCUUCAUACAACUGGCAGAAAGAACGUACAACUAUAUUUACAUAGAGAUGGCUUGCUUCCUUACCAUCUUCUUCUUAAGUAUCUGUGUUUACUCAACUGUCUUCAGGAUUCGUGUAUUUAAUUAUUAUUAUUUAGCUUCACAUCAUCAGACUGAUGCAUACAGUCUCCUUUUCAGUGGCAUGUUAUUCUGCCGUUUAACUCCACCAUUGUGUCUGAAUUUCUUGGGUUUGACUCACAUGGAUUCAUCCAUCUCUCACAAAAACACUCAGGCAACUGCAUAUACAUCAAUAAUGGGCUCCAUGAGAGUGUUGUCCUUCAUUGCAGAUGGGUUUUAUAUAUAUUAUCCCAUGCUGGUUGUCAUUCUCUGUAUUGCCACUUACUUCAGCUUAGGAACUCGUUGUUUGAAUCUGCUGGGGUUCCAGCAGUUCAUGGGAGACAAUGAAAUGACCUCUGACUUCAUUGAUGAAGGAAAGGAGUUAAUCAGAAGAGAGAAAAGAAAACGGCAAAGGCAGGAAGAAGGUGAAAAUAGAAGAAGGGAAUGGAAAGAACGAUAUGGAAACAGCCGAGAAGAUUCCACUAGAAAUAGAAAUGUUCACGCAGACCAAAAUGAAUCUAGUUUCUCAGAGACCAGCGCAAGCAGACCUGUGUCUAAGUAUACCAGGUCAAAUGGCAGGAACGAAAGGGACAGAAUAGAACUCCUCCAAGAUGCGGAACCUUUGGAUUUUAAUGCGGAUUCAGUUAGUGAUGAUCCUCUUGAUCAUCCUCUUGACUCAGGAAGGUAUCAGUCUGGUGGAAGGUAUUUAUCAAUGUCACGAAGCCGAAUAUUUGAUGAUGUCUAAUCCCUUCAUAGCUUAUGAAAACUUAAUAGAAAUCAAAGUCUGCUACUCAUUAUUUGGAAAACACUGUUUGUAACAUUUCUGAACCAAAAAAGACAUUUUUCUCUUUAAAAAAAAAAAAAAAAAAAUUGUGGAAAAUAAAGGAACAAUAAUAGUUAGAAAUGCACCUUGUAUGGUAACUCACUUAUCACGGCUAGAGUAUACUUGUAUUAACAGGCAUUGUUACACAGUGUGGGGUGUUUUUUGUUUUUGUUUUGUUGUUCUUGGGGAGGCUAUAAAACUAUUUAAAAACCCUAGUUUAGUUAGUUAAAGGUGAAUCUAGACUAAAUUUUAUACAUGCAAAUAGGGCUCAAAUUGAACUGUAACUUAAAGGUUUGGGAUGGAUUUUGUUGUUUUUGUUUUGUUUUUAGUUUUGGAAGGAAUCGUUUUUUUUAAAGAUGCUCUGAGAAAUAUAAUAUAGUUUAGUCAUCCAAAAUGAAGUUAAAUGAAUUACUGUAUUACACACUAUUAUUAAACAUCUUGCUAUUUGAAUUUUGAGCCUGAACCGGAGUCCACUGAAGUGAAAAGUCUUCCAUUGACUUCAGUGGCCUUUGGAUCAGGCCAUUUAUGAGUAGAAGGGAUCAAAUGGCAAUUCUGUAUACACACACUGGCAUAAAAUGUGGAAGGCUUACACAUCAGCCAUAGAAUUCGGAAUUUUUUCUGUUUCAUUAUUAUAUGCAGAUAAACAGUAGCAUGUGUAAUUAAGAUUAAAUAUAAACAUAACUGUUUUUGCUAUCAGUGUCAUUCAAGUAUUUGUGCAAUGACAGGAAUGCAUCCUCUAAGGUCUGGUGGCUGUUUAAGAAGACUUUUUACAGUAGUAGCAGUUGAAAUCUUUGUGUAAGAGAAAUUUUAAUGUGAAAUAUAUCCAUUUUAAAUGUUUGUGAAAAACUAACUUCUAGCACAGCGUAAAACUCCUGGAGCUUUCCAUUUGAAAAAGUGAACUAUGUAGCAUGAAUCAUUAUUGGUAAAUGCUUUUGACAUCCCAACUGCACUGCCUUGCACAAGGUAUCUGUGUUUUUAAGGUGCCUAUAUUUUACAAUAUGUAGGCUUUUCAUUGCAAAAAGAAGAAAUGCUUAUUUUAUGCAAAUAAACGCCAUCAAAAAUGCCAAUGAAUAACAGUGGAAAAAAUGCUGUUAUGCAAAUGAUUUUUGGGGAAAUAUGCUCAACUUCAAUUUUGCUUUGUUUGCAAUUUUCAGCCAAAGGUAGGUUUUAAGUGGACAUUUUUUAAUCACUUAGGAGUUUUCUUAUUGCAAAGUGAGGGUGAAAGCUGAAGCAUUAGAUCUCAGAACUAUUUUUCUUUUUCAUACUUGAAAGAUGGGCAACUCCUAAAGCAUCUAGAAAUGGGGUUACACUGAAAAAUAGGUUUUCAUGGAUGAGGUAUUCCAUUUAGUAAUAGUCUGUUUUCUAAAAUCUGUGCUAAUGUGAUUCUAUCCUGCUUUAAUGAAUAAUAAUUCAGAAGUUCAGGAAAUAAUGCUACUUGUCGUGUAUUCUCUGCUUAUUUACAAUGAUUUCAGUAACUAUUUUGAAGGAUAGUGAAAUUCUGGUCCACUUCUAUAGAACCCAUUACAUAAAUAAAUAGACAUAUAAUAGCAGAUUAACUCUGAAUCCUUUCUUUAGAUACAUGUACUGUUCCUGCUGAAAUCAGUGGGAACCUCAUUUGCAUCCAAGCGCAUAAAUUCUCUCUUAAAAGUGGGCCUGGGAGAAUUUUUUUCAAAAAGCGUUCUGGAGUUUGGGGAGUUCCUGCUCUUGUGUGUGUUUUUUAACUUUAGAAAUCCAGGUCUUCUGUGCCCUGGAAGACUGAUCAUUGGAGAACUAAUGACAUCACCAAAGACUAAAAGCUGAACAAUUGAGAGGAAAGAAAUUUUUAUUCAUACUGUUUAAAAGUUCGUCGGUCUUUAUGUUAACACCUAUUUAACUCCAAUAACAAACAUUUUGGAGAAAGAAUCUUUAUUAAAUUAUCUCUAUCCCUCCUCUUCAAUCAAAGUAUGAUUACUGAAAAUACACAGGCUCUUAGGCACAUUCUCCUCCUUCUUUAAGUCUUCCAGAAAAACCAUGUGAGACUAGAUUUGGCAUUCCAAUUUUUUUUUUUAUUUUAAAAAAAUUGAUACCUAAAGACCUGAAAGCUUGUUUUUAAACUUCAUAAAGAAGCCCUUCCUACCACCUCCCGCACCCCCAAAAGCACAAGCUCUUCAUUAAUACGUUACAAGUCACAUUGAAGUGGCUCUAUUCUUAGUUCCACUGCUGUUAAGGAGAGAGAGAAAUUCGAGGACUUCAGUAGCUCAGACCAUAGGUUAGAGGUUUGUUACAGGAGUGGGUGAGUAAGAUUCUGUGGCCUGCGUUGUUUCGGAGGUCAGACUAGACGAUCAUAAUCGUCCCUUCUGACCUUAAAGUUUAUGAUUCUGUGAUUCUAUAAUAAACUUCACAGAAGGAAUGCUGGAUACUCAUGAAGAGCCUGAUCCGCUUGUCAUUGUGCAAGUAGAACCUAGCCCUAAUAAGAGCUGCUCUUGCUAUCGUUUAAGUCAAUGGAAGUUUUCUUUGAGUUCAGUGGGAGCAUGGUCAGACCCAUAUAAUAAGAAAAUGAACUAGACCCCAUGUCUGGAUUCCCACCGAUAAUUUUCAAAGUGGAGCAUAAGGAUUUAGCCAGGUGACUCGAAUGUUAAUGGGACUCCAGUGACUAAAAUACAAACCCCAACAAGGAAUUUUAACCCCCUAACUGUGGUGGGAAUUUCUUAGGUUUUGUGGUCUACUCCAGGUGAUGAUGCAAUGAACUGAUUGUCUAGGGAUUGUCCAUAAAGCAUAGGAGUAGUUGUAUCACUCCUAGGAUGUUUUGUAUUAAAAUGUUGCUUUCAGCGUUUCCCUAGGUUUUGAUUUGUUAGCUAGAUGACUGGGGUGAGAUCCUGAUCUCAUUGAAGUUAAUGGCAAAACUCUCAUUGACUUUUAAAACCAACGGUUGGAUUUUUAAUAAGCGUUCUUGUACUAAUUAAUUUACACUCUGAAAAAGAAUCCUGUAUGGUUUCCUGUGAAUGUAAACCUGGAAGAUUUAUCAGUGUUACCAUUUUGUGAGAGGACGCAAUUGUGUAAGUACAUACUGUUUACUGAUAUAGUAAUUUAUUUUACUUGGUAAAUCUCACAAAUAUGUACCUAUUAUGUUCCUGCACCGCUAAUACUCAAAAUUAGAAAGUCCAAAAAUAAUUGCAUUGUAAACUGUACCGUGAUUUGGGAGACUGAACAAUAACAUGUAUUUAUGCUGCCACUACCUAAACAUCCUUAUAUGCAACUAAAGAGUAUGUAAAUCAUAUUUUCUUAUAAACUAAAAUGUCACUGUAUUAAAUUACAAGUAAUAUACACUUCCUAUCUUGCAUCAUGUUUUUCACACGGUUUGAUUUAUAAUUGUGAAAUAUGCCAAAAAAGUAGCAAGUUAAAUAGAAACUAUGUUUGAAUGCUGUCAUGUCCGUGAUAUACUAGUAAACCCAUGCAAAUUUUGAAUACAUUUUUAAAAAAUCAGAAUGCGCAACAUAACUGUACUAAUAACCCAGAACUGUUGUGUUGUGUGUUGUUUUUUUAAAGUAUGGGUAGAGAAACUGUUACACCUAAUGAAACUUAAUGUCUUUGCUAGACAUGAAAAUCUGUAUUAUUAGGCGUUUAAAAAUGGGUGUAGAAAUAGCUACAUUCUGAAGUGAGUUCUGUGCACUUUAUAUUAGGUCUGGCUUGUAGCAUUCAAAUGUAGGGAAUCAUUUAACAAUUUGGGGAGGAACUAUAGAACUUCGUUUUUGCUGUACAUUAAUACCAAUAUCUAAUGUUGGGGCUGGGGAGAUGUAACAUGUUAUCCCUGAGGUACAAUUUUAAAGUGCUAAGGAAAAAGUCCUUUUGGAACAAACCUUAUACUGCUGUAAUUCACACUACUGAAGAAUGCUUAAUGUCUUCUGCAUUUGUGUUUGUUCAAAUAGUAGUCAUGUAAAUUUAAGUGGCUAUGAUUACAGUAUUAAGAGAACUGGGGAGCAGCUGCUAUUUUUUUGACUAUUUAUGUUCUUGCUAUUGCAAAAUAUAGCCCUAACAAUUAUUUGUACAAUUGAAGGUGUAAUAAUUGUGGUUUUCCAUCCAAUUCAGUGUAAUUAUGGUAACUUGUACUUUUAUUAAAUUAAACCUGGAAUAUUGUAGCUGUUCCAUGAGAACAAGUGAAGGUUUCCUGUUCUUUUCUUUCACUAUCACUGUUAAUUACUUGAGACCUAACGUGCACUUAAAAUAUUAGAAGCUUAUGAAAGAAGUUCUCAUUGAUUCAUUCAUUAUAAUCAAAUGAAUAUAUCGUAAUUGUUAACAAAAAACACUAGUUUUGAUGCUCUGUAUAUUCGGUGUCCUAACAUUUAAUUUAUCUAAAAUGCAAGAAAGUCGUUGCAAUUUUUACAGAAUAUUUUUUUGUAAAUAAUAACUUGUAACAUUUUGAUUGAGAUUUUUAAAUCCUCUUUCUCCAGUGUGCUGUGGAGGGAUAUCUACUGCCUCAUAGCUGUACUAUGCCAAUACUACUUGUGCCUCUAGCAGAUUAGUCUAGUCUGAAGUUGAGACACUCCUACAUUUCUUCAUUCCCUUAAUAUGGACCAACCAUUACCAACAAAAAAGUUUCACCUUAAACCAGACCCUCACUCUACUGUAUUAAUUAACUGUUGGUAUGAAUUAUGCUUCAUUACAUCCAGUAACUUUUGUUUCAGUCAUAAAGGAAGAUGAGCGAGUUUAUUCUUUGUAGGUGUGCUCCUCACCACGUUAAUGUGUCCAAGUAUUUAGAUUGUAACGUAUAAGCAAUGCCAGUUUUCAACUUUUGGUUAUUACUUCAUGACUGUGUCUUACUAGGUGAUAUACUCAUAUGAAAUGUAGUAACUGGAGAAUGGUGUCUCAGAAUUUCUCUCUCAAAACUCUUAUUUGAAUACUUUCAUUCCUAUAGACCAGCUGUUCUCAAACUGUGGGUCAGAACCCCAAAGUGGGUUGUGAUCUCCUUUGAAUGAGGUCGCCAGGGCUGGCAUUAGACUUGCUGGGCCCCAGGGCCGAAGCCUGAGCCCCACCUCUUGGGGCCGAACCCCCAAGGGCUUCAGCCCUGGGUGGCAGAGCUCAGGCUUUGGCUUCAGCCCUGGGCGGCAGGGCUGAAGUUAUAGGCCCCCCGUCCAGGGCUGAAGCACUUGGGCUUCAGCUUUGGUCCCCUGACUUGGGGCAGUGGGGCUCAGGCUUUGCCUGGCUCCGGUGUGCUCAGGCUUCAGUCACCCUCUCCUGCGGUCAUAUAGUAAUUUUUGUUGUCAGAAGCAGGUCAUGGUGCAAUGAAGUUUGAGAACCCCUGCUACAGACAUAAGUGGAAGGGCAGGGAAUUAAUUUAUUUCUGUUGGUACAACUUUAGUAAUUGCAGACCUUAUUCCAUUUUCAAAUGUGUACUGUAUUAAGAAUAGGCUAUAGGAGUGCUGCUUAGGGAUAGACUAGGUUUUUGCCUUACGAUACAAGUAUAAGUAUGCAUAAUUUCAUGCUGUGUUGUUUUGACCUUCACUUAAUUGAAGUUGUUUUUGUGUAGUGUUCUAAAUUAUUGAUGUACUGGAUAUAUUUUUUAAUUGUAUGUUUGAAUAUCUAGUGAAAUAAAAUUGUUUGCAUGAAAUAAAAUGCAUUUCUACAAUACUACUUGUAUGUGCUUUAUUCAUUCAGACUUCCUCUAGAAAUGUUUUUG